CGCAAAAUGCCAAGCGUCCUGAUCUGCGACGACUGCCGCGUCCCGCAGGCCAAGCAAUCGGGGUUCCGCGAGAGCCAAUGGGAGAAUCCGCGGCCGGUCUGCAACUCGUGCGCGACCAACCGCGCGUGGACGCUCUUCGCCGCCGACAUGGCGGCGUGCCCCAACGCGCAGGUCGUGCACAACCACGGCGUGACGGAGCGGCCGACGCCAGCCGCGUUGCCAUCCGAGGCCUCGGCGCCAGCACCGCCGCUGCAGUGGGAACGCGCCGCAGCAAAGAAGAUGCAAGCGGCGCCGGCGAGCAUCGAGAACGACAAGGCGCGCGACGACGACCACGGGAAAGCGCGCUGGGCCACGCACACGUCGUGGUGCUCGGGCUGCUGCAAACCGGCGCGGAAAGCGCUUCGUUGCAGCCAGUGCAAGCGCGUGUACUUUUGCAGCACGGCGUGUCAGUCGGCAUCGUGGCUCCAGCACAAGCCGUCGUGUCGGGCGCCGCGCACCGACGACGCUAGUGUCCUUGCGCUCUGCACCUCGCUGCAGGCGGGUGACGCGAGCACGUGCUGGCAGGCGCUCACGCAGCUCCAAGUUCGUCUCUCGGAAGGCGCCAACGCCGCUUACUCGACGACCGAGUCCUUUGUGGCCCAUGGCGGCAUGAGCGCGCUCCUCCCGUUGCUCGAUACGGACGCACCCGAGACCGUGUGGCAGGCAUUGCUGCUUUUGACCCGCUUUGUCGAAGCGUAUCCUAACUUGGCUCUCCUGCUGCGCGCCAACGGCGUCACGGCGACCUGUGCCCAGCUCUUGGCGACACACGAGGACCUUCGCCUUCGCGCGUCGGCGGUCGUCCUCCUCGGCACCAUGCUGAGCGUAGCGACGGAGCUCGCGGCCACGUACCUCGACUUGGAUGUUGUGCCGUGCUUUAUAGCGCUUCUCAACGACGCGCAUAUGGGCGCUGGCCAGCUGCGGGACGACGUCGAAGCCGUCGCGUGCCUUCAGAGCGCCAGCCUCCUUUUGCAGAUCUUUGAACACGGCGACCGCGACGCGAUGCUGCACAGCCUCGAUGCUUUCCGCCUCACCGUCGACGACGAGACAGCGACGAUCGCGACGAUCUUGACCGACCUCUUGAGCAAGCGCGAGACCAUGGACCGCCGAGGGGCCGAGACGCAGUCGCUCGUCGGACAACACUUGUACUUAAACGUGCUCACGCUUGUCGGUCUGCUCGUGCACAGCGGUGACGCGAUGCGUGAUGCAUUCUCAUCGGCUGGGUUCCUCCCCCUCUGGCACGACUUGGUGGAAGCGCAUUUGGCCUACGACGACGACACCUUUGCCGGCGGUCCGUGCAAGUGGCUCGUUAACGCUCUGCAGACGUACGUCUACGACUGGCGGGCGCCGGCGUCCGAGCGCCGCGCAACAACGUUGGCCUGCCUCGACCGGCUCGUCGGCCUCGCGGCGCCAUUUCUGCGGCAGCCGACCGACAAUUCCAUCGACGUCGCGAGCGCUCUCUUGCGCUACGCCGUGGCCGCGCACUUGAGCGCCAACCCGAACAGUGCCGUCGUUGCGAGUCGCGUCGUCUUGGCCAGUCUCGACGUCUUCGUCUGCAGCGUGCUCCCACCGUGCGAGAUGCCGGAUGCCGACCGAGCCGCGCGCAUCCACGCCAACAUUGACACGAUCGCCACGACGCUCCACGAGGUCCUCUCGCAGCUCGCGGACGGCCUCGACGCGCCGUCGUCACCCGCUUCUGCCAGCGUUCUCUGCGAAACUAUCAAGUGUGUCGGGCUCGUGGCCCACUUUGGCCAAGCCAUGCCGCUCCCCGACGCGUCCAAGCGCAUGCCGUCGACGCUGCGUCGCGUCGUGCUGCACACUGCGACGCCCGAGGCGACAAAGCGGAUUGCGGUCGCUGCGCUUGUGCAAUGGGCGACGAGCGGGAAUGCGCUGCAGUGGACCCCGGACGCUGACCUUGGCGCGCUGGCGUCGGCAAUCGAUGCGCUGCCCGCCGAUGCCGCAUUCGCACCCGUCGUCGACGCCUUUGACGAACGAUUUCCGCAAGCUCGCAGUCAUCGUUCUCAAGUCUUAUAGAACAUACAAGGAAAUUCGGCGACGACUAGAUACGGGCAGUACCAACAACGUGCAUGUUGCUUUCUUGGUUGACAGCGGCAAGAGAAU